AAAAAAGAGAAGGAAGGAGUGAAAGAGUGUUGUGUGUUCUUGCAGAGGAGAGACGUCAUAGCGCUGGAAAAACAGGACCGUACCAAAACACGACCAGGGAGAGAGAGGGAGAAGUUGCUGCUUUUGUGGAGGCGCCAGAACUGCGCCUGAUCCUCCUUCACCUACAGAGAUUUAUCUAGCUGAAGUUAGGAGCUGGACGCAUUUAAAUCCGCCUAGUUAGCGAGGGUUAGCUAGCGCUACAUGUUUUAAACGACACGCUUCGUGCUCAGACGAGCCUGGUUUUCUGGAGAGGAAGGGUUCAAGUUGAAAACCCCGUUUGAAAACACCGUUUGACGUUUUUUAACUGGGCUGGACGGAGUGAAAGUUUGUGUUGUUUGAGGAGAACACAGUGAACAUUUCAGCGCUGCAGACUGGGCUAAACGAUUAAUGCAGGUUAUCGUUUUUUUUUGAGGGAAAUGUUGGAUCCUAAGUGUUUAGGUGUGUGUGUUUAAUAAGCCUGAGUGUGUGUUGCGUGGGCAGGACAGACGCGAGGCGGUUCGGCUGAUGCAGCGCCGUGUUGUUUAUUAGCUGUAGCUCGGUUCGUCCGUUGGGCUAGCGCUAGCUUUAGCCUGCGCCUCAGACUCGGCGCUGAGAGAGAGGAAUAAAAAGGGGGAUUUGGAGGAGUUUAGAGACUAUAACACGCCUGCCGCUGCACAUAUCGGCCUUUUUCCCUUCUGCUCUUUUUUCUCUGUGCCUGUUUUUUUUUAUCUGGUGAGGUGCAGCAGAGCGGGGGGGCUUGCCAAAAUGAGUGGUGAGGAGGAGCGCAGCACAGGAGCAGUGAUCGGAUCUCCAGCGAGGAGUGACCGUUGGAGCUAAUGUAUUAGUAGUUAGUGUAAUGCAGCGCAGUCUGAGGAGGAUUAACAGCGCUGGAUAGCAAACUUGCUAACUAAAAUUAGCUUUUUAUCGCGUAACUAGCUAGUAAACUAAUCAAGCUAGCUCUGUUUGACAGCUCGGGGAACAGUCUCAUCAGCUGGCCUUCAGAGACUUCAAAACAAACCCAACAAACAGUUAACUUAACUAGCGAACAGAAUACAGAGCUGUAGUUAACCAGGUUAGCUAAGCUAACUAUUUCUGUCGAGCCUUAUAACUAGCUAGCAAGCUAACCAACUGGUUAAUCUGACCUAGCGAUAGUUAACUAGCGAGCUGAAUAUCGUCCACUGUAGCUGUCAAGCCGAGCCAGAUGGGACGUCUUAAGUUUUUCUAAACCGCCUCUCCCGUUUUCGCCUCAACGCUGAAUCAAGGGGAGAAGUCACGAAGAGGAUCUUCAGCUUGUGGGAAUAUAUCACUCACCAUCUAGCUAGUAAUCUAACUAGUUAAUCUACGUGUUUUUGUACUGGACACGGACUUUACAAACUUGGCUGAACCAUGUCUGAAAACGCGCCCACACGGAGUUUGGACGAAAUCGACUUGGCCGCACUGAGGGACCCAGCAGGAAUCUUCGAGCUGGUGGAGGUCGUGGGCAAUGGAACAUAUGGACAAGUUUACAAGGGACGACAUGUGAAGACGGGGCAGCUGGCUGCUAUAAAGGUGAUGGACGUCACCGAGGAAGAGGAGGAGGAGAUAAAAGCUGAGAUCAAUAUGCUAAAGAAGUACAGCCACCACAGAAACAUCGCCACGUACUACGGAGCCUUCGUCAAGAAGAGUCCACCCGGCCAUGAUGACCAGCUCUGGCUGGUGAUGGAGUUCUGUGGUGCAGGCUCAGUAACAGAUCUAGUGAAGAACACUAAAGGAAACUCACUGAAGGAAGAUUGGAUCGCUUAUAUCUGCAGGGAAAUCUUAAGGGGCCUGUCCCACCUCCAUGCACAUAAGGUCAUCCACAGAGACAUCAAAGGCCAGAAUGUUCUUCUGACAGAGAACGCUGAGGUCAAACUCGUUGAUUUUGGAGUGAGUGCUCAGUUGGAUCGCACUGUGGGCAGAAGAAACACAUUCAUUGGAACUCCGUACUGGAUGGCUCCUGAGGUCAUCGCCUGUGAUGAAAACCCAGACUCCACCUACGACUACAGGAGUGACAUCUGGUCUUUGGGAAUAACAGCUAUAGAGAUGGCAGAAGGAGCACCCCCACUGUGUGACAUGCACCCUAUGAGAGCUCUGUUCCUCAUUCCUCGGAAUCCUCCUCCAAAGCUCAAGUCCAAGAAAUGGUCCAAAAAGUUCAUAGACUUCAUCGAGGGCUGCCUGGUAAAAACCUAUCCAAGUCGUCCAUCCACAGAACAGCUGCUGAAGCACUCCUUUAUCCGAGACCAACCCACAGAGAGGCAGGUCCGGAUCCAGCUCAAAGACCACAUCGACCGUACCCGCAAGAAACGAGGAGAAAAAGAGGAGACAGAGUAUGAGUACAGUGGCAGUGAUGAAGAAGAUGAGAACAGAGGGGAUGAGAGGGAGUCCAGUUCCAUCUUGAACGUCCCUGGUGAGUCUACUUUGCGAAGGGACUUCCUGCGCCUGCAGCAGGAGAACAAGGAGCGCUCCGAGGCUCUGAAGAGACAGCAGGCUCAGCUAGCCGCCCAGCGUCGUGACCCUGAGGAGCAUAAGCGCCAGCUACUGCACGACAGACAGAAACGCAUCGAGGAGCAGAAGGAACAGAGACGCAGACUAGAGGAGCAACAGAGGAAGGAGAGAGAGAUGGUGCGGCAGCAGCAGGAAAAGGCUCCUCACCGACGACUCGACGACAUGAGGAGAGAGGAGGACCGGAGGAUGGCCGAGAGAGAGCAGGAGUUUAUAAGGCAUAAGUUGGAGGAAGAGCAGAGGCAGUUAGAAAUCCUUCAGCAGCAGCUUCUUCAGGAGCAGGCCCUGCUCAUGGAGUAUAAGCGGAAGCAGCUGGAGGAGCAGAGGCAGUCAGAGAGAUUGCAGAGGCAGCUCCAGCAGGAGCAUGCUUACCUCGUUUCUUUGCAGCAGCAGCAACAGCAGCAACAGGACAAGAAACCCCUCUAUCACUACAGCAAAAACCUGGACAACAACAAGCCUGCCUGGGCCAGAGAGGUGGAGGAGCGCAGUAAACUGAACAGGCAGGGUUCUCCUAAAAUCUGCACCACUGUCUCAGACACCAACAUCCAGUCACGCUCUGAUUCUGUCAGCCAAUCAGGAGGAGUGCAAGCUGCACAGACUCCCCCCAUGCAGAGACCUGUGGAACCCCAGGGUGGCCAGGGCAAGUUCCAAAUGGCCCACUUGGUGCCCUUGAAGCCGUACGCAGCACCAGUGCCGCGCUCUCAGUCCCUCUGUGACCAGCCCACUAAGACCAUGUCCGCCUUCCCCACCCAGGACCCUUCCCCUACCCCCACACCCCGCCCACUGCACUCCCGAGAGCUGGUGCGGCAGAACUCUGACCCCACUUCCGAGAGCCCCGCCCCCCAGCAACGCCCGAUCAGGGAUGACCACGGACCCUGGAUACGCCUGCCUGAGAUCGAGCAGCCUCCAAAAAUUCCACAGAGAACCGCUUCUAUAGCUACUGCUCUCAACACUAACCUGUCCUCUGGCAUCAGACACCCAGUUCGAGCCAGUAAUCCAGAUCUGAGCCGCAAUGACCGCUGGGAAAGAGGAGACAGCAUGAGCCUGAUGUCUAACCUGCCACAGACGGGCUCCCUGGAGAGACACCGCAUCCUCAGUUCGUCUAAAAUGGACUCUUCUCCCAUCCUCUCUCACGAUGGCCGCCACAAACCAGGAGAAUCCCGCACCUCCUCCAGACCAAGCAGACCAGCGAGCUAUAAGAGAGCAAUAGGAGAGGACCAUGGGCUGUAUUCCAAAGAGCGCGCGGAGGAGCAGCCACGUCCUCCGGUGAAGGCCAAUGACUACUCAUCAUCAUCUGAGAGCAGUGAGAGCAGUGAGGAGAGUGAAAGCGGAGAAGGGCAUGAAGAGGAGAGCCCUACUGACCGUCCACGUGACGCAGAUUCUGACUCUGUGAACACUAUGGUGGUGCACGAGGAAGAGGAAGGUGAAGGAGGUGAUGAAGAACGGGCUGGGGGUUAUGGUGACCAGACCAUGCUUGUACAGAGGACUCCAGAGAAGCGUAGUCAUAAUGGAUACACCAAUUUACCUGACGUGGUUCAGCCGUCACACUCCCCCACUGACUCUGCCUCACACUCGUCUCCUGGAAAGGACUCCACCUAUGAUUAUCAGUCCAGAGGGUUGGUGAAGGCCUCUGGGAAAUCCUCCUUCACUACUUUUGUGGAUCUUGGAAUGUACCAACCAUCCGGAGGGACAGGGGACAACAUGUCAGUGGGAGGUCUGGGCUCUCGGUUUGAUCAACUGAAGCUGGAGGUGAGAAAAGGCUCCAUGGUUAAUGUGAAUCCCACAAACACUCGCCCUGUGAGUGACACGCCAGAGAUCCGUAAAUACAAGAAGAGGUUCAACUCUGAAAUCCUUUGUGCUGCACUUUGGGGUGUAAACCUCCUGGUUGGAACAGAGAAUGGUCUCAAGCUGUUGGACCGCAGUGGUCAGGGAAAAGUCUAUCCGCUCAUCAAUUCCCGCAGAUUCCAGCAGAUGGACGUUCUGGAGGGACUAAAUCUGCUAAUCACCAUAUCAGGAAAGAAGAAUAAAGUGCGUGUGUAUUACCUGGCCUGGCUAAGGAAUAAAAUCCUCCACAAUGACCCAGAAGUGGAGAAGAAGCAGGGCUGGACCACCGUAGGGGAGAUGGAGGGCUGUGUGCACUACAAAGUUGUGAAGUAUGAGCGGAUUAAAUUCCUGGUGAUCGCUCUGAAGAAUGCUGUGGAAGUUUACGCCUGGGCUCCUAAACCUUACCACAAAUUUAUGGCCUUUAAGUCAUUUAGUGACCUGCCUCACAGGCCUCAGCUGGUUGACCUGACGGUGGAAGAAGGUCAGAGGUUGAAGGUCAUCUAUGGCUCAAGUGCUGGGUUCCAUGCCAUCGAUGUUGAUUCUGGGAACAACUAUGACAUUUACAUUCCUGUCCACAUCCAGUCUCAGGUGACUCCACAUGCCAUCGUCUUCCUGCCAAGUUCUGAUGGGAUGGAGAUGCUGUUGUGUUAUGAGGACGAGGGAGUGUAUGUCAACACCUACGGCCGUAUCAUCAAAGACGUGGUGCUGCAGUGGGGAGAGAUGCCUACCUCUGUCGCUCAUAUCUGUUCUAAUCAGAUCAUGGGCUGGGGUGAGAAGGCAAUAGAAAUCCGCUCAGUGGAGACGGGCCACCUGGACGGAGUCUUCAUGCACAAAAGAGCUCAGAGACUCAAAUUCCUCUGUGAAAGGAACGACAAGGUGUUCUUUGCUUCUGUGCGAUCUGGAGGCAGCAGUCAGGUUUACUUCAUGACUCUGAACAGGAACUGCAUCAUGAACUGGUGAUGAAGCCACGCUGUCAUCACCGCUCUGCUCCGUUAUCUCACUCUCACUCACACACACACACACACACAGUUACUGUAAAUAUAUACAGUGCUCAAUGUCAGUCAGUUUGCUCACACACAACACAACAGUCAAACUUCUAAAUUCUGACACUCCUGAAAACACACACACACACACACACACACACACACACACAAACUACACACCACACACACACACAAACACAGACUACACACCCCACACACAUGCAGAGAGCGGAGCAUCCAUGUGCAGGCAGGCAGACUGCCAAAUACUGAACCAAGAAAGAUUCUUCUCUUAACUCUGAGCCUGUUGUACAGGGUUUGUGUGUGGAGGUGUGUGUGUGUAAAUGAGCGUGUGCAAGUGUGUGUGUGCGCACCUUUGCUUUACUGGCCAUAAUGGAGCUUACUGUAGCUUCGAAACAAGUACUCUUUUUCUCUUAUAUCGCUUCUACUACAGUUCAGCUAGAUUUAAACAGGUCUGCUUUCUGCUCACUCAAACGAGCCUUAUUUUAACAUUCCGACCUUUAACUACGAGACGAAGCAGCAUUCAGCACCCAUCCCCACAGCAGCAGCAGUGAGUGUGCCUGUGUGUGUGUAAGUGUGUGAGUGUGUGUAAGUGUGUGAGUGUGUGUGAGGCUGCAUCAGCUGCACAAAAAGCAGAAAAGGCUUGGGUCUUUUUGCGGUGAUGGAUGCACCUCUAGUGGUCAAGAGUGGUACUGCAGCAUCUGUAAUUUUCCAUUCUCUAAUGUACUGUAUAGUGCAGUAGCCUAGUCGUUUGUUAUUCAGUUGCAUUUAAGGGUUGAAAAUAUCAGUGAUUUUCCUGUUUUUCUGUUUUACCGUGCAGACGCUUAGAGUGCAGGUUUGAGAUCGCACAUUCUGAGCUGGUUUGCCUCUUUAUUCAUUUCGCUCUUAGCUCUACAGCCAGGAACUGGAGAGAAUUUGACAAAAAGUGCUCUCAGUAGUUGCAGCUUCUACGAACUGAAUUUAGCUCUGCGCUUUUUCGACUGUAGGACACAGAAGUAUAACCGCCAUUACACGGCAGUCUCGCAGACUUAGCUUUUUAAGAAUGCCUUUUUUUUUCUCUCUCUCUUUGUCAGAACAGUAUAUCUUAGGCAGUUUGAUAUUCUCUGUAUGUAUAGGUAUUUGGUAUUAUUCUUACUUUAAUAAUCUACUGUAUCUCUCUCUAGCUGUUCUAUUGCAAUACGUGCUGUAUUUGUGCUGUUCUCGUUUUGAAGUUUUCACAAAAGGGGAGGGGGAGUUCCUCUUUAACCCAGUCGGAUUACGAGGUCAGGGAGAUGAGCUGAAGUUCAUAUUAUUAAAUUUUUGUUUGUUUUUGUAUUUUUUUGGUUUUGUUUUUGGAAGCAUAAAUGUAUAGUCCAGUUGUGAACGUGUGCCACUGUAUAUAGCAUCUAUACCUUGUCAGAAAUGAGAUUUUUGAAGUAUGCUUAGAUACACUAGGCUUUAUUCUUUGAUUAUUUGAGCUGUUAGCCUACUUUUGAAAUGUAACACUAAUCAUUUGCUUGUUUUUUUUUUUUUGUUUUGUUUUUUUUUUAGAUCUCAUAACUGUUAAAUGCAUUUCUGCUGUCUAAAAAGGCUCCCUAGUGUGAUAUGUGAGAUACAGCCUUAUUGGAAAGUUAGUUUAUACCUUCAGAUUAGUAUUUCUAGAAUGCAGCAGGGAUGCAGUGAGAAAUGUACAAAAAAAUUAUAGAUGAUUCAUUUCUUUGGUACAUUUUUCGACCCAUUUAUUUUUUUCUUUCUUUUUUAAAUUAAUUUCACUCUUUACUAGUUGGGAACUUGUUUGUGUUUUUUCUCACAGUGGUUUUGGCUGAACUCACAUGUGUGUACGUGUGCUUGGGUGUUUGUGUGCGAGUGUGAGACUGUACUAUAGUACACUAAAGUACACAGUGUGGUCCAAAGCAAUAGCAGAAAGGUCGGCAAGCAGAGUAGAGAGUGAGCUCUACUCUUUGAGCUGCUGCCUUUGGCCGUGUGCGUGGUGUUGCCUGCAAUACGAGCGAUAUUAGAAAAGCAUCAGAACGUGGUUACCCUUCACUCUAGCGCUAGCAAAGCACAGUCUAGUGUGUUUCUAGAAGCUUUGUUUACAAAACUGUACAAUAAUAAUUUCUGCUGCUUGGAACGCCUGUUCAGUUAUUCAGCUUGGCCUGGAUGGAGUCAGGCAACGACAUAUGAUGAAGACACUGUCGCAGUAUAUGAUGUGUAUCACAAUUUAUUAUUAUUAUUAUUUUUUUUUUUUUUUCAGAUUUUUUAAUAUUUGAAUGGCCACAGAUGAAACAUUACCACUAGUGCCACAUUUAAAGGGCCCAUAUCAUGACUAACAGUAGGGGUGUAACAGAACAUUGUCGCAUCGGAACAUAUAAAUCCGUGUUUUGUUUGUUUAAAUGUUAUGCAGUUGCGUUGUUUGGACACCAGAGGUCGCAGUCCUGCCAGUGCAGGCUGGAGAACCAGUGGGCGUAAGUUAAGGGCGGAGGAUAUGUCAAGUCAUUUUUAAUGGAAAACUGCACAAGUUUUGUCUCUCCAGGCUUUGACUUUUCUGGGCCGGGAGACACGACAGAUCCGUCCUCACAAACCAAAAAGAACGACAGAUUACCACUAAGAGUGGAGGGAAAAUAAAGAUGUUUGAAUUUUGAAUGCUGCCAAUUUAAAGUAAAACAAAUACGGGAAUACUUUAAUAAAUAAAAAACUUUUUUUAAGAACAGUAAUAAAUUACAUUUCUGUUUAGACAGUGAUACUUUCACUGUAGAUUAAAUACACAAGUGAUUAAUUGAGAAAUUAAACAACAGUAGUUUGUUUACACUUAGAUCAGUAGAACAAGGUGCAUUUUUCAUUGUUUUUAUACACCUAAGAAAUAAAAAGAAGAAAAAGUCUCUUAUUUUUUAUCAUUCAAAUAUUGUUCCAAAUAUUGUGAGAAAAUCAAAUCGUGAAUCCAGAAUCAUGAGCAGAGUGCACCGUUACAUCCCUACUGAAUAGUCAAAUGUAAUUUUUAAGUUGAUUUUCGUGACAUCACACAAUUCUUUCAAAAUUCUUUCAAAAAUCUUCACUCCAAGUUCCCUCAUAUGUAAAUUAUGGACUAGAGAAUAUCAGAACUUUCUAAAUAUUCUCUUUAAAAAAGACACUCCUUAUAAUUUAUAAUAGAGGAAAAGCUCUAAGUUUAAUUGCUUUAGGCUGAAUAGACACAUGCCUGUUUUAAGCUUAGUUUUCAUAUUUAUAUACAUUAGGGACUGCAGAGUGAAAGUUUCACAAAUCUUACUUCAUACGUCAGCCUGAUUUUGUUUUCUAAAAAGUAACAUAAAUCCAGAUUCCCAAGAUAUGGGUCCUUUAUAAAAACUUCUCGUCCAAUGGCACAGCAUUUAAAAUCCAGCAGUACCACUUACAGUAUACCAACAAGCUUAUUGUGACGAAUUAAUCGAGAUUACAUUUGUCCAGAUUGUAUAAUCCUAGUUUUGUUUUACUUUUUUUUUCUGGGUUAACUGUACCUGAACCAGUGUAUUAGGUAUUAUUACUAGAAGGAUGCCUCUACUAGAAGCACUUAGUGCUGUGCCGCCGAUAUUUGAAUGAAAAGGAUUAUUAGGAUUGUAACACAUUAAAGCACUUUGAUUGAAUCAGUUUCUAAUGUUUUUUGAGGUAGAGGCCCCAUCAUCUUAGUAAAUUAUGAUGUAUGCACAAUAGGCUAACCAUUAGAAAUAUAUUAUAUAUAUUACAAAAUAAAUACUAUCUAAAGAGAAAGUCACUAGUGAAAAAAUAUUUUAAUAAUAAAGUCCCUUUUUUAAAAUCAUUGAAUCUUUUAAUUUCUCAUUUCUCUAAACAGUUUAGAUUGUUAAAAAUGUUGAAAAUGUGUAGAAGUCAUUCAUGCACACACAAACCCCUGAAUAGUCCUCUUUUGCUUGUGUUUUGUUCUAUAUUUUCUAUAUAUAUAUAUAUAUAUAUAUAUAUAUAUAUAUAGGGUAUUACAUAGUGUCAAUAAUAAUAAUAAUAAUAAUAAUAAUAUUUCUAGUAUAAGCUAUAUAGCAUAGUUUUAUUUAUUCUCGCUUAUUUAUCUGUAUAAAUUUUAAAAGUUUCAUUUAUCCCAAUAUGGUGGUAUUAUUACACUCUCUACAGGAUUUACAGCCAUUUCGUUGCUUAGUAAGCCAAACUACCACGUUUACCGUUCUAGCAGUGCCUUGGAAUGGGGUUUUGUGUGUGUGUGUGUAUCUUAUCUAAAGAUGCUGUAACAUUUCCAUACAGUGUUCCAUGCUCUAAGUUUUCAUGCUCCCCCUGAUGCGUCACGCUUUAGAGAGAAGGAGAAGAAGGAGAAGUUGCUGAAUGGUGUGACUGAACAUAUGUAAACGCAGUGCAAUCAAGAGAAAGUCGAGAAAGUGCACUUAUUUAACCUGACGUUCGCCGGAACAGUGUUCAGUGUUCAGGCCAGAAGCCAUGCGUUUCCCCCCACGGUUUCCUGGCUGGAAUCACGGCCUCGUAUUCCAACCUUCUCUAUCUGAUAACCUGCCCAGAACUGUAGGUUUCCUUCAAAAAAAAGACAGAAAGAAAAACUGCAGCGAGUUGAGCUGGAUCCUACAGACAGACAGUGGUUGCGGUUGCCAUGGCAACAAGCUGGUUCCAUGCAUUGUGAUGUAACAAUGCCCCAGUGUUGCUUACAAAACUGCAGGGUGGAAUUCGGUGGGUUUCUCCAGGAGACAGUACCAGUCAAAAGAGUCAGUGUGUUUAUGUGUGUGUACAUAGAAAGUAUACAGCAUUUAAAAAGCCGUUCUUAUAUUUUAGAUCUAAAUCUAUAUGAAAGUGUGCAGUGACCAAAACAAACGUAUUAAUCUAUUAAAGCAACACAGACUACCUUUAUUCUAUUUUAUUGUAGGUUUUUCAGAGUAAACCCCCUUUUUUUGCCUUUUUUCCUCCAAAAAUUAUAACUUAUAACUUAGCUUUAAGAAGGGGUGCCAUUAAAAAUUAAAAAGCUCCUCUAAGAAGCUCCAAAUAUUUAGCUGAAAAGUGUUUGCUGGGGGAUAUUUUUGCAAAAAAAAAAAAAAGUAUAUUUUAUCUUUUCUGAGAAAGAAGAAUCUAAACCAAAAAGUGCUGAAAA